AAGUGUUGAUAUAGAAAAGUGCAAUAAGAAACAUAACCUUAAUUUGAAAUUAGAUGAAAUUUGAGAAAGAUACAAGUUUAUGUUGUUCAUUAUGCUUGAAUAUAAUUUAUGCGAAUAAUAAAUGUUGAAAAUAACUACUUUCCAAAAUAUUUGGAUAUACGAUGAAUAUAAUAAAUCAUUGUGGUAUACCCGAUUGAUAAAAAUGCAUCAAAAUUUAGAAUUUCGUGUUUAGUUAGGAAAUCUAUAAUCAUGCCAGGAUACACGGGUUUAAUUCGAAUAAUUCGUCGACGUUUAGUUCUUGGAUUGAUAUUUUCAUUGUCAUUAACUUAUUGUGCAUUUUCUUUAUUUCGCAAUGAAAGAAGAACAAUGGCAUUGGAUAAUGAUCUCGAGGAUAUGAUAAUAAAUGAUAAUAACGAUGAUAUCAUUUCUGAGGAUGAACUUUCGUUUCAACGAAUUAAAGCAUCUGGUAAACCUCAAUCUUGGGAUAUGGAUGUUCCAAAUGAAACACCAAACGAGGGUCAGAAUGAGGUUCAAAAUGAUGGUAAUGAAAAUGCACUAGGUAUAGAUCCACUUGUUAAUUUCAAUGAUAGCGAUUCGUCCAAUGAACCUUGUCGCAAUUCUAUACAGGGCAAAGUAUUGAUAGUAGAUGAACAAGGUAUUGUAUGCGCUAGGCAUGAACUUUUACCUAACGGAUGCUGUAGCACAGAACAAAAACAAGGAUUGAAAAAGGAAGAUGGUAGCGUGAUUACAAGUCGUAAAGAAAGAUACAGUUGUAAAACGUGUAAUGCUCAAGGAUGUUGUGCUAUUUAUGAAUAUUGCGUAUCUUGUUGUUUACAUCCUGCCAAGCAGAUAAAAGGAAAGAAGAGUACGAUAGAAAGUGGUAAAAAUAAUCCUAAAAUAAAGGAAGAGGAAACGGUAAAGUCACUUUUACGUAAUAUGGAUAGAUUUCAAAUAUGUUUAGCAGCAUGUCGUACUUCCAGUGCUAGCGUACGUCACGAAAAUACUUAUAAAGAUCCACAUUCGAAACAUUGUUAUACAGUACAACCGCCAUAUAAUUAUCAACGACAUCGACGUGAUAUCAAAUCAAUUAAUAAUAAUCGCGACAACGAUGCUGUUGUCGUUACAUCUUCUUCUGUCGUGCAAUUAAUUAUCCUUGAAACGAUUUAAUUCCCUUUUCCUAUAUC